CGGCGCACAACAUCAAAUAAUCUCUGAACUCCGUAACUUCCUUUCCUGUAAAUCAGCAGCUCUUUCACUCUCUCUCUCUCUCUUCACGGAAUUCAUGGCUGCCUAAUUCCACCAGUCACCGGUAAAUUCGCAACGAUGUCUUCUAUAUCUUCCGGUGAAUUAAACUUCCUCAUUUUCCGUUAUCUUCAAGAAUCAGGGUUUACACAUUCUGCUUUUGCUUUAGGAUACGAAGCCGGAAUCAAUAAGUGCACCAUUGAUGGCAAUUUAGUUCCACCGGGUGCUCUGAUCACCUUUGUGCAGAAAGGGUUACAAUACUUGGAAAUGGAAGCUAACGUGAAUAAUAGUGAUGCAGAUAUGGAUGAAGAUUUUUCAUUUAUACAGCCUUUGGAUCUUAUCACUAAGGAUGUGAAUGAAUUGCGCCGAAUGGUUAAAGAGAAGAGGAGAAUUUCAAGGAAAGAUAAGGAGAAAGAAUCUGAAAAGGAUCGUGAUAGAGAACGAAAGCGAGGAAGAGAUAACAGGAGGCUUGAUAGGGAAAAAGAUCAUGUUAAGGAUGGAGAUGGUAAAGAGAAGGAUGAAAAAGCUGUGAGAGAAAAGGAUGAAAAAGCUGCGAGAGAAAAGGACGAAAAAGUUUUGAGAGAAAAGGACGAAAAAGCUCUGAGAGAAAAGGAUGAAAAAGCUGCGAGGGUGAAGGAUGAAAAGGCUGCUAGAGAGAAGGAUGAAAAGGCUUCGAGAGAGAAGGACGAAAAAGCUGCGAGAGAGAUGGUCAGUAAAGCUGCAAAAGAGAAGGAAGAAAAGUUAGGGAAAGAGAGGGAAGAAAAAGCAGGGAAGGAGAAGGAAGAGAAAACUGGAAGAGACAAGGAAGAAAAAUCUGGAAAAGAGGGGGAUGAAAAAGCUGUGAAGGAGAGGGAAGAUAAAGCUGGGAGAGAGAAGGAAGAAAAAGCUGGGAAAGAAAAGGAAGAAAAAGCUAUUAAAGAGGAGGAGGAAAAGCCUAAGAUACAAGAUCCGUCUGAUAAAGAAGAUGUUGUUGAGUGUGAAGAGAAGCCUGCCAUCAAAGACGAAGAGAAUGCAGUUUGUCCUGAUCCUGAGCCCAUGGAAAUCUCUCCAUCGUCCCCUUCUGUGGGAUGUGAAAUUUCUGCAUCUGACGUGACAAUAUUAGAGGGCCACACAUCUGAGGUUUGCGCUUGUGCAUGGAGCCCUUCUGGUUCACUUCUUGCAUCUGGUUCUGGGGAUUCAACGGCUCGGAUUUGGACAAUGCCUGAGAAAGGUUCUAGAUCACACAAUGGAUCCACAAACGUUGUUGUGUUGAAGCAUGUUAAGGGGAAAACAAAUGAGAAAAGCAAAGACGUUACUACUCUUGAUUGGAAUGGGGAUGGUACCCUUCUUGCUACAGGGUCUUAUGAUGGCCAGGCAAGAAUUUGGAACACAAAUGGUGACCUGAAGAGUACAUUAAGUAGACACAAGGGGCCAAUAUUUUCCUUAAAAUGGAACAAGAAGGGUGAUUAUCUUCUUACUGGUAGCUGUGAUAAAACAGCCAUUGUGUGGGAUGUGAAGGCAGAAGAGCCAAAGCAGCAGUUUGAGUUUCAUUCAGGUCCGACCUUAGAUGUUGACUGGCGGAACAAUGUUUCUUUUGCAACAAGUUCUACAGAUAACAUGAUUUAUGUAUGUAAAGUCGGGGAAAGCAGCCCUGUCAAAACCUUUGCAGGUCAUAAGGGUGAAGUUAACUGUGUGAAAUGGGACCCAACUGGGACAUUAUUGGCCUCUUGCUCGGAUGAUAGCACUGCAAAGGUCUGGAGUAUGAAGCAUGAUGUUUUUGUUCAUGAUUUAAGAGAUCAUUCGAAGGAGAUAUACACUAUAAGGUGGAGCCCUACAGGUUCUGGCACUAACAAUCCCAAUCAACAAUUGGUUCUUGCCAGUGCAUCUUUUGAUUCCACUGUGAAACUAUGGGAUGUGGAGCUCGGAAAACUACUGCAUAACUUGAAUGGUCACAGGGAAGCUGUAUACUCACUUGCAUUCAGUCCUGAUGGUGAAUAUUUGGCUAGCGGGUCUUUGGAUAGAUCGUUGCACGUGUGGUCCCUAAAGGAGGGAAAGAUUGUGAAGACGUACUCUGGAAACGGGGGCAUAUUCGAAGUAUGUUGGAAUAAGGAAGGCGACAAAAUCGCCGCAUGUUUUGCCAACAAUACUGUAUGCGUUUUGGAUUUCAGAAUGUAGCAGUCAGAGGCACAGAGCAUGCAUGAGAACUAGAUGAUGCCGAGCUUUAACGUUUUGGCUUAGCUUAGAAAGUACUUGGAAUUCUUUCUGUAGUUUGGGUUAGGAUUAGAUGUUCAUUAGUGAUGUAGAUUUGGUCCGCAAUAUACAAUUAUGCUAUUUGAUAACCGUAAUUAAAUAUUUAAAUUACAAUUGUGCAGAUUACACUUGAGAUCAAAGUUUAUGGCCCUUCUGAUUUUCUAUUAUUAUAGUCUCCAGUUGCUUUGGAUC